UUCAUGCUCACAAGGACUCUGGUGCUCUAGUGAGCUAACUAGCUGCUUCCAAGUCCAACUCUCUACUUCUCCUUUCAGGAGCUUUUAUUUGGGCUUACAGCAUCUCAGAGCCAUGUCAGACACAGAGGAAGUGGUGGAGGAGUAUGAAGAACAACUGAAGGUAUCGGAUCAGGAGGUAGAGGAGGAGGAGCACCAACAGGAGGCAGAGGAGGAAGGAGUCAAUGACGAAAACGGUGAAGAAACAAAACCAAAACACAAGCCAUUUAUCAUGCCCAACCUGAUCCCUCCAAAGAUCCCUGAUGGUGAGAAAGUGGAUUUUGAUGACAUUCACCGCAAACGGAUGGAGAAAGACCUGAUGGAGCUCCAAACUUUAAUUGAAGUUCAUUUCGAAGGCAGAAAAAAAGAAGAGGAAGAGAUCAUUCAGCUCAAAGAAAGAAUUGACAAAAGGCGUUCAGAGCGGGCAGAGCAGCAUAGAAUCCGUAGUGAGAGAGAUAAAGAGCGGCAAAAACGACUCGAGGAUGAGAGAACUCGUAAAGAAGAGGAGGAAGCUAAGAAGAGAGCAGAAGAUGAUGCUAAGAAGAAGAAGACCUUGACCAGUCUACACUUUGGAGGAUACAUGCAGAAACUGACAGAGAAACGCAGUGGCAAGAGGCAGACCGAGAGAGAGAAGAAAAAGAAGAUACUCAGUGAUAGGCGUAAACCUUUAGACAUUGAACACCUGAGUGAGGACAGACUCAAAGAAAAAGCUAAGGAGCUGUGGGAGUGGAUGUUUCAACUGGAGGCAGAAAAGUUUGAUCUGCAGUAUCAGUUUUCCAGACAGAAAUAUGAGAUCAAUGUGCUGAGGAACCGGGUCAGUGACCAUCAGAAAACCUCCAAGAGGACCAAGAGGGGCUUGAGGAAAUAGAGAAACAGACCAGUUUAGCAACUUUUCAGCAACUAGCAAACUUUGAAAAAACACAUAUUUUCAGAAAUAUGUACAGUGCUGUACAAAAGUCAUGUUUGUAGGCAAGCGAAAAUUAUGUAAAACA